AUGCGAGAGAAUAUAGCAAUCUGUGGAAAAGCUACUCAGUCAUCAUUGCAUUCUAAUGGCAUUGCCUACAACUCCAUUGAUGGGAAUCGUGCUGGAUACUGGAGCAAAGGUUCUUGCAGUCAUACAGCACAAGAAUUAAAUCCCUGGUGGCGACUGGACCUGGGAAAAACCCAUAAAGUGUUCUCUGUCAAUGUAACCAGCAAUGUGGAAAACUACGUACGACUUCGAGGAGCUGAAAUUCGUAUCGGUGAUUCACUUGAUAACAACGGCAACAAUAAUCCCAGGUGUGCUGUGAUCUCAAACAUCGCUCCAGGUUUUACUCAAAACUUUCAGUGCAAUGGAAUGGAUGGUCGAUACAUUAACAUUGUCAUACCUGCAAGAGUUGAGUAUCUCGUCUUGUGUGAGGUUGAAGUCUACGCAUCAAGACUAGAUUCAGGAGAAAAUCUGGCUAUUUAUGGUAAAGCUACCCAGUCUACACUGUACAGUGUAUAUGUUGCCUACAACGCUAUCGAUGGGAAUCGAGCAGCCAACGUUGCAAAGCACUCAUGCAGUGCUACAGCAAAUGAAUUCAACCCCUGGUGGAGACUGGACCUGGGAAAAACCCAUAAAGUUUUCUCUAUUAAGAUAACCAACCGGAUAGAAGACUACACUCGAAUUAAUGGAGCUGAAAUUCGUAUUGGAGACUCACUUGACAACAAUGGAAACAACAAUGAAAGGUGUGCUGUGAUCUCCACCAUCUCUCCAGGUUUUACUGAAACCUUUCUGUGCAACGGUAUGGACGGUCGAUACAUCAACGUUGUCGUACCUGGAAGAACUGUGCACCUCCAUCUGUGUGAGGUGGAAGUGUACGGCUCCAGAUUGGAUUAAUUUUAAAGAUCUUAAAAUUUUUAAAGAGUUUGUUUUUUAUCAUUUCCACGAUUACAUAAAUUUGUUAGAAAAAAAGGUUAGCAUAAACUGCAGAUUGACUUGAGUCUCAUUAUACUAAACACAUUUUGCAAAACAGAG